ACCAGAACUCAGCAGCUUCUUUCCACCUCCCUGUGACUAUGGAGACUCUAGAAGGGGCUGAACGCUGCUUUCCACAGCUCCUCAACAACUCCUGCAUGAAACCCAUGCCACCUCAGUCGGAUGCCUUGUUUAUAUACAUUCUGCUGUCCUUCAUCUCUCUGCUCACUACAACUCUCAACCUGCUGGUCAUCAUCUCUAUCUCCCACUUCAGGCAGCUCCAUAGCCCUACCAACCUCCUCAUCCUCUCCUUGGCUGUCUCAGACCUCCUUGUGGGUCUCCUGCUUAUGCCAGUUGAAAUCCUUUUCACAGAGGCCUGCUGGCUCCUGGGUGACCUUAUGUGUGCUGUGUAUUAUGUUGUAGUUUUUAUCAUUACCUCCUCUUCAGUUGGAAAUAUGGUGCUCAUAUCGAUUGAUCGUUAUUUGGCUAUUUGUGAUCCUCUACGUUACACCACCAGAGUUACUCUUGACAGAACCAAAAUCUGUGUUUGUCUGUGUUGGAUCUGCUCUGGUCUUUAUAACAGUCUGAUUUUAAAAGACUUCCUGAGACAUCCUGAUUCACAGAAUUCCUGCUAUGGAGAAUGUGUAGUUGUUCUUAACUAUAUCACAGGAGCCAUUGACUGUGUUUUUACCUUUUUUGGACCCAUUACUGUCAUAAUAACUCUAUAUUUGAGAGUAUUUGUUGUAGCUGUGUCUCAGGCUCAAGCUGUACGGCCUCAUAUUGCAGCUGUCACACUCCAGCGUUCAGUGACUGUAACUGCCAAGAAAUCUGAGCUGAAAGCAGCCAGGACUCUUGGUGUUGUUAUAGUUGUGUUUCUAAUAUGUUUCUGUCCAUAUUACUCACCAUCCCUGAUGGGUGAGGAUAUUGAAGACAGUAGUUCAUCCUCACCCUUUGUGGUCUGGCUGCUGAAUUUCAACUCCUGUCUAAACCCCAUGAUUUAUGCCUUUUUUUAUCCCUGGUUUAGAAAAUCCAUUAAACUCAUUGUUACACUUCAGAUACUGCAGCCUGGCUCCUGUGACGCUAAAAUACUGUAG